GUCACUCUUUCAAAGCCUGGAAUAAAAACCGCAGCCAACUUCCGAGGCGGCCUCAUUGCCCAGCGGCCCCCAGCCUGUGACAGGUUCCAUCCAUUCUCCUUGCCCUCCGCUCCCCGCGACCCUCUUUAAGAGACGACUAGAUCCCUGGGUUCCAUCCCGCACACCAUGGACAAGGGUUGGUGGCACGCAGCUUGGGGACUCUGCCUCUUACAGCUGAGCCUGGCGCAGCAGCAAAUCGAUUUGAAUAUAACCUGCCGCUAUGCAGGUGUAUUCCAUGUGGAGAAAAAUGGCCGCUACAGCAUCUCUCGGACUGAGGCAGCUGACCUCUGCCAAGCUUUCAACAGCACCCUGCCCACCAUGAAUCAGAUGUUGAAGGCUCUGAAUGCAGGGUUUGAAACUUGCAGGUAUGGAUUUAUAGAAAACAAUGUGGUGAUCCCGAGGAUCACCCCCAAUGCCAUCUGCGCAGCCAACAACACAGGAGUGUAUGUCCUCCAAUCCAAUACUUCCCACUAUGACACAUACUGCUUCAAUGCCUCAGCGCCCCUUGGAGAAGACUGUACAUCUGUCACGGAUCUUCCUAAUUCCUUCGAAGGACCAGUGACCAUAACUAUUGUCAACCGUGAUGGCACCCGCUACAGCAAGACAGGAGAGUAUAGGACACACCAAGAAGACAUCGACGCCUCAAAUACUAUUGAUGAUGAUGUCAGCAGUGGAUCUUCCAGUGAGAAGAGCACCUCAGGAGGCUACAUUUUCCACACUUCCCUUCCCACCGAAUACCCAACUGGAGAUGAGGAUGAAUCCUACUUCACCAGGAGCACCCCGAGAACCAGUACGGAUUCAAAUACCAACCCAACAGGCUGGGAGCCAAAGGAGGAAAAUGAAGAUGACACAGACAAAUACCCCAGUUUUUCUGGAUCAGGCAUUGAUGAUGAUGAAGAUUUUAUCUCCAGCACCAUUUCUCCCACUCCUCGGGUUUCUGACCACCCAAUACAGAACCAGGACUGGACCCAGUGGAAGCCAAGCCAUUCCAAUCCAGAAGUACUACUUCAGACAACCACCAGGAUGACUGAUGUAGACAGAAACAGCACCAUUGCUCAUGAAGAAAACUCAACCCAGGAUCCACAGCCUCCUGUCAAUCACCAUGAGUAUCAGGAAGAAGAGGAGACUCCACAUGCCACGAGCACAACCUGGGCAGCUCCUAGUAGUACAGCAGAAGCAGCAGCUACCCAGCAGGACCAGUGGUUUGAAAAUGGAUGGCUGGGGAAGCCCUCCCCCACAGCAACGGAAGACUCCCAUGUGACAGCAGGGGCAACUGCCUCAGACGGCAACAACCAUCCAAGUCAAAGAAUGACGACACAGCGUCAAGAGGACGUCUCCUGGACUGAGUUCUUGGACCCAAUUUCACAUCCAAUGGGACAAGAUCAUCAAACAGAAAGGAAGGAUACAGACACCAGCCAUAGUACAACCCUUCAGCCUGCUGAAACUCCAAAUACUCAUGUGGUGGAAGAUUUGAACAGGACAAGACCACUUUCAGUGACAACUCCACAGAGUCAUUCUCAGAAAGUCUCUACAUCACAUGGAGAACUGGAAGAAGACCAAGACCACCCAACAACUUCUAUUUUGCCAUCUAGCACUAGGAGUGGUGGUAAAGACGGAAGAAGAGGUCCAAGCUUUCCCAAAGACACAACUACUUCUCUGGAAGGCUACACCCCUCAUUAUCCAGACACAAUGGAAAAUGGGACUCUCACCCCAGUGGCCCCUGCUAAGACUGGGGUCUUUGAAGAAACCGAAGUGACUGUUGCUGCAGACUUCGACUUUAAUGUUGAUGGCGCCUUACCAGAAGGCCGAGACACAUCCAUGGACCCCAGGCAUGGUUCUGACACUGUGACAUAUGGAUCCGGAUCAGCUGGACACUCAAGUGGGAGUCAAGACGGUGGCGCGAACACGACUCCUCUACCUGGGAGGAGACCUCAGAUUCCAGAAUGGCUCAUCAUCUUGGCAUCUCUCCUGGCACUGGCUCUGAUUCUGGCUGUUUGCAUUGCUGUCAACAGUAGGCGCAGGUGUGGGCAGAAGAAAAAGCUGGUGAUCAACAGUGGCAAUGGGAAGGUGGAGGACAGGAAGCCGAGUGAGCUCAACGGAGAGGCCAGCAAGUCUCAGGAAAUGGUGCAUUUGGUGAACAAGGAACCAUCAGAAACUCCAGACCAGUUUAUGACUGCCGAUGAGACCCGGAAUCUGCAGAAUGUGGACAUGAAGAUUGGGGUGUAGUGACUACCCCAGUAGCUUGGAAAGACACAAAAUUGCUGACAUGUCAAUACUGGGAGCUGGGACCCUUCACAGAUGCAAUGUGCUACUGAUUACUUUCAUUGGGGAUAGUUUCAGCAUAAAAUUUUCUAUUCCUUAUACAUUUUUACAAAAGUCCGUUCCAAUUUAUGAAAACAGCAUUGCUUUCUGAAACGAGGGCCCAAAGAAUACUCCAUUAAGAAUUUGACUCUUCCAGUUCCUCCCGAGAGGCCUUGCAUUCCCAGGGUAUACUACAGAUGGCUUCUAUCAAAUUCAUAUUCUUGGUCCCUAUUGAACUCUUUCCCUACCCUAAGUUCCAGUUAAUAGUGACCAGCUAGGGACUUUCCCCAGGGCUUAGAGGAAUUGGUCUCUGGGAGGAAAUUUGAAUGGGUCCAUAUUGACUCUCCAGCAGUCCAGUCCUUGGGCAUUGCUUUCCAGUAGGGUGGGAGAUCAGGUGUACUGGUUACACACCCUUUUAAUAGACUCCCCUCUCUGCUGGAAAAAUUUCAGAUGCUUCUGAGAGAUCCCCAAAGGGUGAUGCUAUUUAUCUAUAGUAAGCUAUUUAUCUUUGUUUUUUGAAAUAUCAAACCCUGGAGGUCCUUUGUUCAAUAUGACUUCUUUUAGGUUACUUUGUCAGAAGCAUAAGAGGGUAUAAGUUGAUUCAUAAUAAACAUCUGUCCAUCUUCUAGCUUGACCUUGUGCUUCAGUUUCUAAUCUGCAAGGUCUGAGUCUUCAUAGCGUAUCAGGAUGACUUUAGCAUGGUCCUCCUAAACCCAUGUUAGGGCGUCUGUGCCCAACUCGGGUUCAUCCAGCUGAAUCUCAUAGAAGAUCAAGGAAGGAAACAUUGUUUUGUAUCUAGGGUAUCAAAAGGGUUUCUCUUCUAUUCUGGUAUCUGAAUUGUUGAUAGGAAAGUUUCGGUCACUUUGUGCUUUGGUGGCCACCUUUCUCUUUCUUAAAGGGCACAUUAAGUUUCUAUGUCCUACAGUUUUAGGGUCCUAUUUCAUAGAAGCCAAUUCUAAUAGUGAUUUCACCACACAGUAUGGUGGAGGCUUGUGACACCUUAUAAUAAAAGGAGAAGCCAACAGAAAUUAAAGCGUAGACAGCGAGCCGUAGUUGGCAUCACGAGGGUGUGGUGUACAACCCAUCCCACUAUUUCCAUGGAUGUGUUUGUUGACAUUUUCACAAACAGUUGGUACUCAGAAUGAGUUGCCUGGGAAUCCCCCAAAAAGCCACAGGGCUGCCCACUACUAGAAUCUUAUCACCAGACAAGCAGGUUUAUGGUUUAGCUAUGGAAGAAUGGUAUUACCCUCUAACCUCAUAUUUUUUUUUUUACAUACUGGGUAAGUGUUUUGUGGCAUUUAUUCAUCUGCCAGAAUGUCCCAUUGCUCCUGGAUCUUCCCAGGUUACUUGUAGAAAAAAUUAAAUCCAUAAAGUAAGGUUUCCUGUAAAGUAAUACUUCUUUUCUAAGGCUCCCAUGAUGUUACUGUUGACUAAGUUUAUAUGUUUAAUAUUUUUGUCAAAUAAAAACAAAACAAGAGAAAAAGUUCCCAUCUAAA